AGAAUAUAGAAAUUAAUAACUUCCACAAGAAAUAAAUAUUACUUUUUUGGAUAGCUUAUUAUACAGUAAUAAUGUUAAUGAUUUAUGCAAAUUAGUAUAAAAUUAGCAAGUUGUUGGCUUUAGAUUCAGAAGUUACUUACUUUAAUCUUUUCUUCUUCUGAGUGUUAAUAGUGAGUAGUGAUUCUUCGUUUGACUUCUGAGAAAGUUGAAGAUCGAAAAGAGAGCAAAAACCAAAGAUUGAAGUGAACUAUAAUAACACUUCACUGAGGACCCUUUGAUUUCUUUUCAAGUUUUCUGUCAAUUAACUGACUUGGGGGUGAUUGAAGUUCAUUUUCGGAGAAAAUGAUGAUUGAAGUGAUUUUGGGGUUAUCUCAGUUUUGACAAGUUAACAUGUUUCAAUAUUUUCAUGAGUUGUGUGAUAUGGGAAACAGAAGAUUGCUUUGUCUGUUGGCAGCACUCGGUGUUAAUUAUUUACUGUUUCAGUCAAUUUUGGUUCCAUAUGGAAAUGGAAGAGCUCCUUGGUCUUCUGAUUCUUCUGAUUUCAGUUCUAUGAUGAAGAAUGUGAAUAUUCCCACUAUUGAAGAUGAAAAGAGUAGUUUAGUCUUUGAUGGUGUUUCUAAACUUGGGGUAGAUAGAAAUGGUUUUCACAAUGUUGGUAAAAACAACAGCUUGGAGUUGGAUAAUGUAGGUUCCAAGAAAAGUUUCAUGGCAGUUUUGACUAAGAACAGUAAGGUGGACUUGCCGGUGAAGCGAUUUUCGGAGACAAAAAGGGGGGUUUCUACAAUUUCUCAGGUGGUAAAAAGUACUACACUAAAUGUUACUGCGAGAAAGUCGAAGUCAAAUAUGCCUCCUAAGUCAAGAAUGCUAAUACAGGAGAUGAACCAUUUACUAGUACGCCGCCGCACUUCUUCUCGUGCAUCGAGACCAAGGUGGUCAUCCAAACUUGAUAAGGAAAUUCUUGCUGCAAGGUCAGAGAUCGAGCAUGCUCCUAUGGUAACACGUGAUAAGGAACUUUAUGCUCCUCUUUUUCGCAAUCUUUCUAUGUUCAAAAGGAGCUAUGAACUGAUGGAACGCACGCUCAAAGUGUAUAUAUACAUGGAAGGAAAUAAACCGAUCUUUCAUCAACCUAUACUUAAGGGACUAUAUGCGUCGGAGGGUUGGUUUAUGAUGUUGAUGGAGGAAAAUAAGCAAUUUGUUGUGAAGGAUCCUGCAAAGGCUCACCUAUUCUAUAUGCCAUUUAGUUCACGUAUGUUAGAGUUCUCCGUUUAUGUACGUAACUCUCAUAAUCGGACAAAUCUCCGUCGGUAUUUGAAUGAUUAUACAGAUACAAUUUCAGCAAAAUAUCGUUACUUUAACCGAACUGGCGGUGCUGACCAUUUUCUUGUUGCUUGCCAUGAUUGGGCUCCGUACGAGACAAGGCAUCAUAUGGAAUACUGCAUAAAAGCCCUAUGCAAUUCCGAUGUAACUCAAGGCUUUAAAAUAGGAAGAGACGUUUCUCUUCCAGAAACUAUGGUCCGGUCGGUACGAAAUCCUCAAAGAGAUAUAGGUGGAAAGCCUCCUCAACAAAGAUCCAUUCUUGCCUUCUAUGCUGGAAACAUGCACGGCUAUUUGCGCCCGAUAUUGCUAAAGCACUGGAAGGACAAAGACCCUGAUAUGAAGAUACUUGGCCCAAUGCCUCAUGGUGUUGCAAACAAAAUGAGUUACAUCCAACACAUGAAGAAUAGCAAAUACUGCAUAUGCCCCAAGGGAUAUGAAGUCAACAGCCCUCGGGUGGUCGAAGCCAUAUUUUACGAGUGCGUACCUGUGAUCAUAUCUGAUAAUUUCGUGCCACCGUUUUUCGAGGUUUUAAAUUGGGACGCGUUCUCAUUAAUCCUCGCAGAGAAAGAUAUUCCAAACUUGAAACAGAUACUUCUUUCGGUUCCUGAAGAGAAGUAUCUUAAGUUACAACUUGGCAUCAGAAGAGUUCAGAAACAUUUUCUUUGGCAUACAAAGCCUUUGAAGUAUGAUCUGUUUCACAUGACCCUUCACUCAAUUUGGUAUAAUAGAGUGUUUCAAAUAAAUGUGAGAAAAUAAUGGAUAUGUGACUAUGAGCCAUAUGUGCUUAUGCUUUCUAGCCCACAGCAGAACCAGUCCCUGCAAUGUGUGGAGGCUUCUUGCAAUUUUCAAUAGUACAAUUUAUAGAUAAACAAUUGUAAAUAGAUGUUUAUUUUUAUUUCCAUUUUCAUUAGAGUUUCCACCCUUAUAAAGUUAUAAUCACACAUUUUUUUUAGUAUUUACUCACAAUUUCAUGUUUGGUUUA